GUCUAACAGCUCUUAGUGUCUAACAGUAUCUGAUUAUCUCAGAGUGUCUAACAGCUCUCAGUGUCUAACAGAAUCUGAUUAUCUCAGAAUGUCUAACAGCUCUCAGUGUCUAACAGUACCUGAUUAUCUCAAAGUGUCUAACAGCUCUCAAUGUCUAACAGAAUCUGAUUAUCUCAGAAUGUCUAACAGCUCUCAGUGUCUAACAGUAUCUGAGUAUCUGAGAGUGUCUAACAGCUCUCAAUGUCUAACAGAAUCUGAUUAUCUCAGAAUGUCUAACAGCUCUCAGUGUCUAACAGUAUCUGAUUAUCUCAGAGUGUCUAACGGCUCUCAGUGUCUAACAGUAUCUGAUUAUCUCAGAGUGUCUAACGGCUCUCAGUGUCUAACAGUAUCUGAGUAUCUCAGAGUGUCUAACAGCUCUCAGUGUCUAACAGUAUCUGAGUAUCUCAGAGAGUCUAACGGUGUUUCAAAGCUCUCACUGUGUCUAACAGUAUCUCACAGUGUCUCAAAGCUGUCCGUGUGUGACAGUAACUCAGAGUGUCUAACAGUGUCUCACAGCUCUCAUAGCUCGCUCACUAUCUCACAAUGUUUUACAUUGUCUCACACUGUCUCACAGCUCUCUCAGUGUCGCACACUGUCUCACAGUCUCUCACAGCUCUCUCAAUGUCUUACAGUUGUCUUAGUGUUUCACAGUGUCUCACAGCUUUUGCAUUGUCUCACAUCAUCUCACAGUGUCUCAUAGCUUUUGCAGUGUCUCACAUCAUCUCACAGUGUCUCACAGUGUCUCAUAGUGGCUCACGGUAUCUCACAGCUCUCUCAAUGUCUCACAGUUGUCUUAGUUUCUCCCAGUGUCUCAAAGUGUCUGACAGCUUUCUCCUCCCCUCGAUAUAUCUUUUCACAGCACCUUGUCUUUAGAGUAUUACAUUUGUGCAGGAAUGUUAUGACUCUGUAACUGUGCAGUUAUCUCGAGUCUGCUUCACUGAAAUACCACAGAGAUUAGAGUUUGUCUCUGGAUCCUAUAGAAUGUUUAUGUUGCAGUGAGGUCCAGGGGACGAUCCACAAUACAAUACGACCAGAGAGGAAAUGUGACAUGGCGCAUUUAGGCCUUUCAGUGCUGGCAAGCAAGAUGGAGCUCCAUUAAUGUGCACCUCUCUCUCUCUCUCUUUCUCUCUCUCUCUCUCCCUCUUUCUCUCUCUCUCUCUCUCUCUCUCUCUCACACACACACACACACACACACACACUGCUCUGGAUGUGGGGUACAAGGGAAGGUUACACUGCCUGUCUGCGGUUCUGCAGAAUUCAGAGAAGGCCGAAACGACAGCGUUGCCAAAGUCCCAGACAAAUGUUCAUUUUGGAAUUGCUCUUUGCUUACAUACCUCCCUCAUACUCUCUUUCCUAUUUUGCCAUUAUUUUAAUAGAGUUUCACCUUUCUCACUCCCUCACUGCGAAAAACUGCUUUCAAGAUGUGUUUAAAAAGAGAAAGAAAGUAACUCAUACAGAUAAUCACGCUUAAUCUCUGUCUCUGUUAGCCUUAAUCUCAUGCACAAAAACACCGUCCUAAUGGGCCUUCUUACUACAGUUUCUUUCCUUCUUCCUUUCUUCCUUUCUUUCUUGUAGCAGGCAUUGUCUUGAUUUGUUCUUUCUUUCUUUUUCUUUCUUUCUUUCUUUCUUGAAGCAGGCAUUGUCUUGAUUCUUUCUUUCGUUUUUGAAGCAGGAAUUGUCUUGAUUCUUUCUUUCUUUCUUUCUUUCUUUUGAAAUUCAUAUUCUUUCUUUCUUUCUUGAAGCAGGCAUUGUCUUUAUUCGUUCUUUCUUUCUUUUUCUUUUUCUUUCUUUCAAGCUUUCUUUCUUUCUUUAAGCAGGCAUUGUCUUGAUUCUUUCUUUCGUUUUUGAAGCAGGAAUUGUCUUGAUUCUCUCUUUCUUUCUUUCUUUCUUUUGAAAUUCAUAUUCUUUCUUUCUUUCUUGAAGCAGGCAUUGUCUUUAUUCGUUCUUUCUUUCUUUUUCUUUUUCUUUCUUUCAAGCUUUCUUUCUUUCUUUAAGCAGGCAUUGUCUUGAUUCUUUUUUCUUUCUUUCUUUCUUUCUUUCUUUCUUUCUUUCUUUCUUUCUUUCUUUCUUUCUUUCUUUCAUGGAGCAGGUAUUGUCUUGAUUAUUUUUUUUGUUUGUUUCUUUCUUUUUCUUUCUUUCUAACUUUCUAGCUUUCUUUCUUCAAGCAGACGUUGUCUUGAUUCUUUUUUCUUUAUUUAUUUCUUUCCUUUUUCUUUCUUUCUUUCUUUCAUGGAGCAAGCAUUGCCUUUUUUUUCUUUAUUUAUUUUUCUUUCUUUCUAACUUUCGUUCUUCAGGCAGGCAUUGUCUUGAUUCUUUUUUCUUUCUUUCUUUCUUUCUUUCUUUCUUUCUUUCAUGGAGCAGGUAUUUUCUUGAAUUUUUCAUUCUUUCUUUUUUUUCCUUUAUUUUUUAGGACACAGGGUGUCUUCUUUUCACUUGUCCUUGAUUCUUUCUGAGCAGUCAGUGUCUUGAUUUAUUUAUUUUUUUCUUUCGUUCUUUCUUGAAAUUGCUUUAAGUGUUUAAAAUGAAGAAGGAAAGUACCUCCUAGAGAAGAUCAUGUUUAAUCUCAGCCUCUGUUAGAACUGGGUUUCCUAGUAGAAUUUGUGUUGCUGCAGUCUGCUCCUCAGUGAUGAUACCGGUAUUCACGGUAUAUCGCAUCACCCUUGUCGGGGACACGCCCCGCCCCUCAUCCCUCAUCCGGCCGUGCGCGCGCCCCGCCCCUAGUCCUUCUCCUUCCAUCCACUGCAGGUUGUCAGGUUGGCAUCUCCCGCGUUCCUCCGCACAUAUCUAAACCCGCAGCUUGUUUUCGGUUCUCCAUGUCAUGAAGACGGACGCGCUACGAACCGGAUCGAUGCAACUGGAGGCUCCGUUUCUGGAAACGAUCAGCUUUUGGAGCGACCGCGGCGAUGCGCUCCGUCCUCCCUCCACUUCUCCUCGCAUGUGUUCAGAUUGCAUUGCUGCUGUGUAGCUUCCUGCAGGCGCUAGCGGUGGAUAAUGUUGAUUUCGGAGAGCACGUGGAGACUCAGACAGGCGCGAGAGACAGUCUCAGCAGGAAGCAUCACCGGGUGUACCAGCUGUACAGCAGGACCAGCGGAAAACACGUGCAGGUGCUGGGAAGGAAAAUCAUCGCCACUGGAGAAGAUGGGAAUAAAUAUGCCCAGCUCGUGGUGGAGGCCGACACCUUCGGGAGUCAGGUGCGAAUUCGGGGCAAAGAGACCAACUUCUACCUGUGCAUGAACCGUAGGGGGAAACUGGUGGGCAGGAAAGCCAACAGUGCAAAUGAUGAGUGUGUCUUCAUUGAGAUGGUUCUGGAGAACAACUACACCGCCUGGAUGUCAGCACGUUACGCUGGCUGGUACAUUGGCUUCACCAAAAAGGGUCGACCUCGCAGAGGGCCACAGACUCUCCCGAACCAGCAAGAGGUGCACUUCAUGAAACGCUUUCCGCCCGGCGAGCAGCCGAACCUGCAGCACAGCAGCUUCACCACCGUCAGCAAGAGGAACAGGAGGACGCAGGAGACCAGCGCUAGUCCUGAUACACAAUCAUAACAUGCAUCACACGCUUCUAUAAAAGAUGCUGACACAGAGGAUGCUUGGAUAGGAGUCACCCUUACCAAACCAGCCAGGUGUAGGUCACUUCACUUCCAGACGGAGGUCAAAAUCAGACCAAAUACAAAUGCUGUGUAAUCAAAGAUGGCUGGGCAUGAGUCCAGGAAAUGAACUCGGAGACACAUGACUCGUGACAAGGGCACACAGAGCACUGCAAGUCGAGAGAAAAGCCUCUCCAGCAUCCACUGCUUUUAGCGAGUCUCGAUAGACAGUGAGUUUCGCGGAUAUACAAAACUCUGUGGAGGGCUCGUGUGUACAUUAUUCCGAUCACAUACAGGACCUUCAUGGGUUAAAAUAAUCCCGCUUGAAAUGUUAACCAAUAGGACAAAUGCGUAGGCAUGUGAAAUAAAACAGACAGCCAAAUGUAGCUAAUAUAGUGAAUUAUGGAACAAGAAUCGUAGCGAAAAUUUGUGACGAGAUAAAAAUGUAGUUUAUCAGCAAUGUGUUGGAAUGAGCUCAUACAGACAUCCUGGAGUAUACACUCUUAGGGGAAAAAGAAAAAAAAAAAAACAUACAUCUAGCACCUUAAAGCAAGGGUUCUCCAGCAAUCAAAUAAUUUCUGCUCUGAGCAUAACCCUAUUACUAUUGAAAUUGUAUUGAAAUGUGUAUGAUAAUAUUUGGCCUAUUUAUUGCAUCCAUGCAGCAUUUUAUUUGCCGACAGGACGCAUUUGGUCCGACUUUCGAUUAGUGACUCAAAUAUACAGGAGACUAAUUAUUACAAUGGGUUGUGGUUUCCAGAAUUGUAACGAAGGACCCCUGGAUAAUGCUUCAGAAACCCCUGAGUGUCUCUGGAACAUACCUUGAGAACCCUACUUUAAGGGUUCUUCUGAGGGAACCCUUAAAUGUUCUAUGACAAACCCAAGGACACAAGGUUUUUCUUUAUACAAAGCUUCCAAGUCGAGCAAAUAACGAUCCAGAGAACCCUUGGAGAUCCUUUGGAGUGCACUUUGCAUUGUGACUAACAUUACGGUGCGGAAAUGAAUACGCUUAAACGUACAGAUGAAAAAAUACGUCAAGUUAUAACCUCUUUUAAACUCAGCUCCUCGUUUCUGGACCUUUUAAAAUAUCUGCAUUCUGGCAAAAUUGUUGAUGGAGUUUGUUGGUCUAUGGACCAUUGUUGGAAUGAUAUUGAAACAUUUUAGUCUCAUAAUGUAUUGCGCUAGUCCUGGACAUGGAGUUAAGUCAGAAUUUGGUGCAUGACUUGGACACACAUACUAUGACUUGAGUCUCAAUCUGGACUUGAGAUGAUAAGACUCUCCACGUGCUCAACUCUUCAACUUGUCUGUUGUUAGUAAUCAGAGCUUUAUCCACAUUUAAUCAGCUGCUUAUGGGCCCUGAGCCACCAGGGGGCCCCGUAAAAAUGCAGAGAGAAAAAAAAAAAAAAAAGUUAAAUGUUUUUCUAAUAUCUUUUGGUGGUAAAAGACAAUGGUUCAGGCUUUGGCAGGGGGCACCCUUGAAACUAGAGAGGUAUUAUUAUUUUUUGAGCCCAAAGGUUCAAAAACAACAUCUCUGUUAGUAAUUGUUUCUUCAGCAUUUAAAUAACGCUAGUCAAAGUAUGCUACCACAGCUGACUGCAAUUCAUUAAACAAACCCAGAGUUCUGCUGAAAAAUUAAAUCAUCAGUGGUGGCAACGUACCCCCGCCGUGACAACAUUUGUGAUUUGACAUUUACAUUCAGUCGUUUGCCAGAUGCUCUUCUCCGGGGAAAGUUACAAAACAGCCCGAAAGCACAGCAGUAUUCGAGAAUUAGAGACAAAUGCUGGGCUGUAAAGUGUUAGAGCGGUUUCUCUGAAGGUGGUGACAAAAAAUAAAAAAAUAAAAAGGUCAAAUCUGAAUCUGUAAAUAAUAAGAAGUAAUGCAACAACCAGUUCAAAGAAAGUACAGAUGAAAUAAUAAAGGAUUUGUCCUAGAUAAUGCCUUAAACUUCAACUCCUGUAGUAGCUUAUGGACUUGAACCUUGAGGAUAAGAUGGCUUACACUCGACUUGGACUCGUUCUCGUUGUCCAAACCUCAGAAUCAUUGACCUCCAAAUUAUCCACAUUUUUCCACUUUUUCUCUGUUCUCAGCUCCUAAAACAACCUGAACCAAGCAAGAAAGAGUAUUGUACUAUCAUGGAGGGAUUAUAUUGGGAAACCUAGCCCAUUUUUAAAGGCAUGUGGCCCUGACAUUAUGGAAAUAUUCACAGCUUCACAGAUUGUCCACAGAUUUAGAACUGCAGUGUGGUACCUAAGACUAACUCAGUAUACACUAACGGUCACUAGUAUUUUAUGAAUUCACCCUCACUGUUCAGUAGGUCUUAUUCCAACCUUGUGAAAUAACCGCAAGCGCAUAAAGGUGGACGAUAUGUUACAGGAACAUAAUUUUUUUUUUCCCCACAUAAAAAUGGGAACCAUUAGGUUUAAUCCAAUUUCUGUCAUUCUCGCUGGCUUGAAUGAAACUUCCAUUAACAAUGUUGACGCUUUUCAAUUAAUAUGCAAGCAAUAAAACACCGUCUGUCGUACUGCUUUUAGAAAAAUUAAAAAAAAAAAAAAAAAAGCUUGUCAUGUUACAAAGAAACCUCAAAGCAGAAACCAUUGCAAACGUUACAGCUUUAUCUCCGACUGUUACAAAGCACUGACACCGGAGACUCCUUCCAUAAAUCUUCAAUAAAUGUCUCCUCGCAGAAAUCCAGCUGUACUACUGUCAGAGCUUCUGUUAUUGCACCUUCUGACCAAUCAGAAUUCAGAAGCACUGUGGUGUAAAGCAAAAAUGGAAAACUUUGCAAUAUUUAAAGACUCUCAUAACAUCGAUUUUUGAACAGAAAGGUGUAUUUUGAUGUAAUUUAUAUCGCAGUAUCAUAUCAUAUCAUAUAAUAUCGCCCACCCUACCGCGGAGUAACCUUGCAUCUGUUUCACAUAUCUGAACGUGUACGAGUUAAUAAAACUGACACGGGUACCACCCUGGAUCUACGUGUUCAAUGUAUAGUAUAAAAGUCAAUGUACAGUUUUUUUUGUUUGUUUGUUUUGUUUUUUUUGUCCCAAUGUUACUGGGGCUAAAACUGAAAGAUGAAAUAUUUUGAUACAGGAUGCUAUUAAAAAAAUAUUUAUUUU